GGAGCACAGAGUUGGGAGGGGGGAGUGGUGCAGGGCCCCGGAUCCGCGCGGCUCAGCCGCCCGCUGACGCAUGGUCGGAAAGUUGUGCUCAAACCUUCUCCCUUCUCCUACUUUCUUCCUAGGGCCGGGCUGUUGAGUUGGAGCCGGGCGGGGAGGAGCCGGCUCUCCGCCCCUCCUGGAGUCCGGCGCGGGUGGUGGCUCGGGGUCCGGUGUACCCUGGACGGCGGCACAAACUUUCCCGACAGUUUGGGGACACUUGUCCGGAGCGUCCCGCACUGUGUGGAAGGAGGAGCCGAGUCCGCGGGCAGAGUUCGGAAGUCUUCUUCUGGGAGUUUCCAACAGUGCCAAGUGUUGGAGAAAUCUUUUCUGCCCCUCUGAUAGCGUGAAUUGAGCAAAUACAGCCCAGCACUACGCUACCAAAGACAGCAAUCUCAGGUAAUCAUCACAUCACCUUGGUUCUACUAUGGAUUGCGUAUCUGAAAAUUUUCACUGAAAGCACUUGAAAAACUGCUGGGAGGGAACUAAUUUUGAAUGAUACAGCUAUAAAGGUUUCAGAAGAUAACAAUGAAAUGUGAAGAAGUUACAUUUCUUACGUGAUACUUGAAAGUUAGUGACUGCUUGCCAAAUUUUCUGGAAAAUUAAAUAUGACUUAGAAGCAUUGAUGUAUGAAGGUUUAUGAUGUCAUCGGUUGCGACAGAAAGUAAACUCCAGCAGACUGUGAGCCUGCAGGGAGUUGACCCAGAAACAUGCAUGAUUGUAUUUAAAAACCACUGGGCACAGGUUGUGAAGAUCUUAGAGAAGCACGACCCCUUGAAGAACACCCAGGCAAAAUAUGGAUCCAUCCCUCCAGAUGAGGCCAGUGCCGUGCAGAAUUAUGUAGAACACAUGCUCUUCUUGCUAAUUGAAGAGCAAGCCAAGGAUGCUGCGAUGGGGCCGAUUCUGGAAUUUGUGGUCUCCGAGAACAUCAUGGAGAAACUCUUCCUUUGGAGCUUGCGGAGGGAAUUUACUGAUGAGACUAAAAUCGAGCAGCUAAAGAUGUACGAGAUGUUGGUCACUCAGUCGCACCAGCCUCUGUUGCACCACAAGCCCAUCCUGAAGCCCCUGAUGAUGUUGCUGAGCUCUUGUUCGGGAACAAGCACCCCUGCCGUGGAGGGGAAGCUGGUUGUCCUCCUCAAUCAGCUUUGUUCCAUCCUUGCCAAAGAUCCAUCUAUUCUGGAACUCUUCUUCCACACUAGUGAGGACCAAGGGGCAGCCAACUUCCUCAUCUUCUCCCUUCUGAUUCCCUUCAUUCACCGAGAGGGGACAGUGGGUCAGCAGGCCCGGGAUGCUUUGCUUUUCAUCAUGUCUCUGUCUGCUGAGAACAGCAUGGUGGCCAAUCACAUUGUGGAGAACACCUACUUUUGUCCAGUACUUGCAACCGGGCUCAGUGGUCUCUACUCUUCCCUGCCUACAAAGCUCGAAGAGAAAGGUGAGGAAUGGCACUGCCUUCUGAAGGACGACUGGCUCCUACUCCCUGCUCUCGUUCAGUUCAUGAACUCCCUGGAGUUUUGCAAUGCUGUCAUACAGGUGGCUCACCCCUUGAUUCGCAAUCAGCUUGUUAAUUAUAUUUACAAUGGGUUCUUGGUACCGGUCUUGGCUCCUGCGCUCCAUAAGGUGACUGUGGAGGAGGUCAUGACCACAACUGCAUAUCUGGACCUUUUCCUGCGUAGUAUCUCCGAGCCAGCAUUACUCGAGAUCUUCCUCCGUUUUAUCCUGUUGCACCAGCAUGAGAAUGUCCACAUCCUAGAUACUCUCACAAGCCGAAUCAACACCCCAUUUCGGCUCUGUGUGGUGUCCCUGGCAUUGUUUAGAACUCUCAUCGGUUUACAUUGUGAAGAUGUGAUGUUACAGCUAGUUCUAAGGUAUCUGAUCCCUUGCAACCACAUGAUGCUGAGUCAGAGGUGGGCCGUGAAGGAGAGAGACUGUUACUCUGUUUCUGCGGCCAAGCUGCUCGCCCUGACCCCCGUCUGCUGCUCCAGCGGGAUCACGCUGACUCUUGGGAACCAGGAGAGGGACUAUAUUCUCUGGUCAAAGUGUACGCAUGAUAGUUCAGGGGCCGUGGAGCAGCCAGUGCCCCAGCUGUCGUCUCCGUCGGCCUGCAUCGUGGAGUACGGCAAAGCCCUGGACAUCAGCUACCUGCAGUAUCUGUGGGAGGCCCACACCAACAUCCUCCGCUGCAUGAGGGACUGCCGAGUCUGGUCUGCCCUGUACGACGGAGACUCCCCUGACCCGGAGACGUUUGUCCAGAGCCUGACGGAGGACAGUGCCGUCGGCUCCCCCUAUCCUGUGUUCAGGCUCCCGCAGCAACUCCCCAGGAAGACAGGCUCUCCACUGCCUCCAGGAAAGGAGAAGAGCCACACGGAGCUGGAGUGGGAUGACAGCUAUGACACCGGCAUCUCCUCAGGGGCGGACGUGGGCUCCCCCGGGCCUUAUGAUGAUCUGGAGAAUUCGGGCCCGCCGGCACCAGUCGACCCCCCCAGACACAUCCAGGAGAUGAAGAAGAACGCCAUCCUGCUCUUCAAAGGGUCCUACAUCGAAGAGUCCGACUUCCAGGAUGAUGUGAUGGUGUACCGGCUGUGUGCCGAGAAGGACUCUGAGGACACUAGGAAGGUACAGGCGGAAACCGCCAGGCCUGCAAGCCAAGCCCAGACUGAGGUUCAGGGUCCCGCCCUGAACAACGGCCCCCUGCCCAGCCCUCCGUCAGGCACGGAUUCAGAGGAGGAACACGGUAGGGACAAUUCAGACCUGUUUCCAAAUGUGUCCAAGGGACCGAAACAAGAAGAGGAGCUGGAAAUAGCCCCGCAACGGAGCCCGGAGUUAGCGUCUCCCAUCUCCGAGGCCGGACACGAUUCAAAGCCUUCAAAGCCGACGGUCAUUAACCCAGGGGGUGAAGAUUUCAUCGCCCAGUAUGACCAAAUCAUUAAAGAACUGGAUUCGGGCCCCGAGGGCUUGACAGAAGAGAAUUUCCCCUCGCCUGCUGUCUUGCAUCUCAAGGGAGAGCAAGAGGGGACGGAAGAAGAGAGCAAAGGAGAAAAGGAGGACGAAGAGGAGGAGGCCGGGGAGAAGGCCCUGGAAGAGGAGGACGACUUUGAUUCUUUUAUAGCAGACGCUCCCACCAUCGACGCCACGCCGUCCCCGUUUGGGGUGAGAGAUGAGACUGCCUUUGCCAGUCAGCCUCCCUUGAGGACUCAGAGCACCCCGUUCACAGGCCCAUUCAUCAGCGUGGUCCUGUCAAAGCUGGAGAACAUGCUGGAGAACUCUCUACAUGUUAAUUUGCUGCUUAUCGGGAUCAUUACUCAGCUAGCCAGCUACCCGCAGCCUCUCCUGCGCUCCUUUCUGCUCAACACCAACAUGGUCUUCCAGCCAAGUGUCCGCUCCCUCUAUCAGGUCCUUGCGUCUGUGAAAAACAAGAUUGAGCAGUUUGCUUCUGUGGAGAGAGAUUUCCCGGGGCUCCUCAUACAAGCCCAGCAAUACCUGCUCUUCCGAGUGGACAUGUCUGACAUGACCCCUGAGUCACUAACCAAAGAUCCCAUUCAGGAUGGUUCCAGGACAGGAAUUGGCAAGAACCUUUUGGAUGGUCCCCCAAGAGUGCUUCAGCCCUUCCUGACAAACAGAGCCAAGGUGGCUGGGGUGCCCCCAAGCCUGCCCCUGCCGGUGAGGAACACCAUGCUGGCCGCUGCCCUCUUCCCAGAGUUCCUGAAGGAACUGGCUGCCUUGGCCCAGGAACACUCCAUUCUGUGCUACAAGAUCCUGGGUGACUUUGAGGACUCCUGUUGUUAGUUUUUUGUUUGUUUUUUUAAAUAGAGGUUCUUGUUUUUAAGGUUUUAGCGUCUUGACUGAAUGUUAAAUGCAAAGCUGCUUACAAAAAUUUCUACUUUGAUAUUUCCUGACAAUACUUGAUUUGUGGGGAGGGAAAUUUUCUGUGUACCUCCUCUUUCUCUAGCCGGGUCUUUCCACCUCCUCUAGAAUGUAAGUCUCAUAAGCUGGUAACUCCUUGGGCAGGUUUUCUUUUCUUUUUUACUCCUCAAUUUUUUGGUAUUCUCCCAUCCCUUUGAGUCACUUAUCUUGCAGCUUAGAGCUUAGAUCACACCAAGCAAAUACUGGGGUUCCAUGAUUUCUGGAAGUACCCCGGGUUAGAAGGCUCAGCUCUUCGAAUAGCACAUGAAUGAACAUCUGUUCCUGUUGCCUUCUGCAUUUUGUUUUCCCUUUUCUAAAAGGGAAGAAUAAAGAUGGGGCCCCACUUUCCUCUAUCACACAAGCAUGUA